AUGGAGUGCGUGAAAUGCAAAAAAUCCGCCUCAUCGAAAUUACCGGUGGUCAGCUGUGAUGGUUGUUCGCGGAAUGUUUGUAAACAAUGUGCGAAUUUGACAUCAUCGGAAAUAACAGUGAUUGAAUUGAAAGUCAAACGCGUCAUUAAAUUUUACUGCCAAUCCUGCUUGAGGGGUGAAUCCGUCGAACUUUUUAAUAAAAUAAUAGAGACUAAAGAUGACCUUAUAGAGAGUACGAAAGAAAUCAUAAGACUUCUAGAACAGGAUCUCAAGAAACUUCGGGAAGAAUUCGAUAACUUGGCUACAACACCUUCAAGCCACCAGUUCACAUAUGCGGAAGCCGUAAAUAAGAUAGCAGACCACGGAAAUAAAUCCAUACCUAACGUUCCUUUCAUUGUAUGCAAACCGAAAAGUAAACAGGAUUGCUCUAGAACAAGGAAGGAUAUAGUGGAUAAAUUGGAUCAGGCAGAAUAUAUAUCGGACUCCAAAGAUGUUCUGUUUGGGAGAAUUUGAAAGUAUCAAGAUGUUAUAAAUGUUAUGGCUUCAACCACAAAAUUAGUGACUGUAAAUAUAACGGCCCCACCAAGUGUUCCCAGUGUC